CAGCCAAUGGCGCGCCACGUAAUCGUGACGACGGUCAAGUAAACAAUAUUUUGGACCAAUCAUUUUAUUUAUAAGAAAAGGCUUCGGAGUUUAAAUUGUCUUUAACGUGUUCUUCGAAUUUCGACUUUUUAAUUUAAUCCGACGAAAGUUAUAAAAAAUUAGAGAAUCAUCUCAAGAUUUUUCAAGAGCAUUGAUGAAUCAAUUCAACCCAAAAGAAGAAUUUACAUAUACGAAAGUAGAUACUGGUCAGAUUGAACACAUAAGAGAAACUACUCUUCUGCAUGAUUUAACUCAACAUAAAGAACUGAUUAAAAAUAAUACAGAAAAUUCUCCUCUGAAGGAGCUUCAUUCAUUGUUCGUUCAGAAUCUUAAUAUAACCGAGAUUUUUGCUCCGACAAAAUCAAAUAGAAAAGAUUUAGAUUAUAAAAGUGCAGAAACUUUUAAAAUUUCUUCAGUAUUGCAAUGUGAAAAUAAUGUAAAUAAUCCCAAAGAAGUCGAAUUUAAAAACAAGUUUCCUUCUGCUUCUUCCGAAAUGGUUGGUUUGGCAAGAACCUAUUCGUUGCAAAGAUCGAAAUCGACCACUGACAAAUGUUUGAUAAGAAACAAAGACAAAACAGACCAUUCUGUGGCAGAAACUCCAUCGGUCGCUCAAGGUUUUAUUUGUCCCAAUUAUUUACAUAAAGGAACAAAGAUUAGGGAAAAUACGGGCAAAGAUAAAGACAAAAAUCUCGAUUUAUUAGAUUCCAAUAUAAUAAACGAAUCAAAAGAUCAUUCUGCCAAUGACUUCUUAAAAGACGUCAUAGCUUAUGUAGAAGUCAGGUCUGGUCGCGAAAAUAGGUCGAAAGUGGUAGAGAAUCGGCUCCAACAGAUGGGUGCCAAAAUAGUUCCACGUAUCCGUAAAUCGACCACCCACGUUAUAUUCAAGGAAGGUAGAAAAAGCACGAGAGACAUAGCGGUAAAAAAAGGAAUACAUCUCGUAUCCGUGUUGUGGGUCGAAAGUUGUAGACAACGUAAAUGUCACGUUCCUGAAUCGGAAUAUCCAGCCAAUAUUCCAGAAGUUUAUGAUACUCCAUUAUUUGGUAACAAAUUUCAAAAAUUAAAUUAUAUGCAAUCAAAAGAUUUUGAUGCUAAAGUUGCCAGAAGUUUAGAAAGAUUUGAAAAAGUCCUCAUGCGAGCUCAGAGAAACAACGAACGGUUUAAAACUGAAGGUUCUUUUAUUGAAAGUGAAGCUUGCUGUUCAACAAAGAAGGAAUGUGCACGGUGUGAUGCCAAUAAUGGAGAUGUGAAUUGUUUAAAAUGCAGAUUAUUUUAUUCGUUACCAAAAGAUAUCAAAACUAACUCUCAAAAUACAGAAUUGAAUAAUGAAGCAGAUAAUAAAAAUGAAGAACAGAAAAAUAAAACUGCAAAAAGAAGAAGAAAGUUAUUUUCGGAGUUAAAUGGACCUCCAAAAUGGAUUACCCAAUCUCCGGAUGUUUCGGAGAACCGUGAUGUUUUCCCGACGUCAGGAAAAGUUAACGAAGCCCAGUUAUCGUCCGUUCGACGUAAUGAGAUGGAUGAAUCUGAUAAAUUUGAAGAAUCUCCUUUUGUAAAAGUUUCAAAAUAUUCCCGCUGCAGUUUGGAUGACUUUAUAAUAAUAAAAAAUAAAAGGAAACUAUGCGCUAAGGAAAAACCUAAAAUCAAUAAAUGUGUUCCCAAAAGACAAUCUGGUGAUCAAAAAUUAGCUGAUGAUAGUGUAUCUUCUCGUAGUCUAGUUCUUACGGGUUUUCAGCAAAGAGAUCAAGAAACUCUAAUUCCGAUUGCUAAGUCUUUGGGAGGAUUUUGCAUAAUUCCGCAAGUGAACGAUACCACUACGCACGUCAUCUGCGCAGACAAUCGUCGAACUUUAAAUGUUUUAUUUGGAAUAGUAAGAGGUUGUUGGCUUUUAUCUUCAGACUGGGUUUUUGAGUCAAUGGAAUCGGGAAACUGGUUGAACGAAGAGCCUUACGAGUUGAGUGAAACUUUUCCCGCUGCACGAGUUAAUCGCAUGCAAAAAGCAAGUAAAGGAGCUGCUUAUCAAAGUCAUUUGUUUCAACACUUAGGAAAUAUAUUUGUAUCUGCGUAUUGUGCUCCUGAAUACAAUAAACUUACAGAACUUAUUACUCUUACUGGAGGAAAGAUUAUAACUUCUUUCCAAAAAUGUCAGACGGUAGUUGGACCAAUGAAACAUUGUGACGAAAGUAAGAACAGAAAUAUAUUACACAUAAAAGAAAAAUGGAUUUUAGAUUGUAUAUCUCAGCAUAAAGUACUACCAUAUGAUAGCUAUAAGUACGAACGCUCUCCUCAUUAAAUCGUCAUCUUGGAGAAUGCCAUUUUAGAAUCCGGAUAUAAAUAGGAAUACGGACUUGAUCUGACUGCUAUUGCCAAGUGCAUCACAAGAGGUAUUUUUAUUUUUUUUUUGUGUGUAUAGAUUUAUCAAGAUAGUCAGAAUUUCAAGUAACUAGUAUAUGGGGUCUUCCAAAAAAAUGCUGCCAUUUUAAAUUAUUGUAUGUAUGCUAAUUAUUAGCUGAGAACAUAAUGAACAUCCAAAUUUCACAUUUGCCCAUUACACUUUCUCAAUGCAUGCACCUCAUCGUGCGGCAUACAUCCAACCAGUACUCACAUUUUUCAUAUACUCUGUCAUCACUCCUCCCAAGACAACCACAAUUCUGCAAUUCCUGCAGAAUUAUUUGUGAUGGAUGACGACAAGUAAUUCAAACUGUAGGGCACAAAAUGCCUUAUGUGUCGCAGAAUCACCAUUUUUGUUUACAGGACUUCCUAAAAGUAGUGGACGACAAGACGUGAAUGGGAGACAAAGCUCGGACUGUUACUCUAUCGAUUGAGGUGCAUCGCAUGCUUCUCAGAUAAUAACUGAUACAAUUACAGUAACUUAGUGGUAGCAUUUAUUUUGGAAGACCCUAUAUAAUCAGGAAAACAUUUAUAUUUAUAUAAAAUGGGCAAAUAUGAGGAAUAAACAUUACAUAAUGCUUUAUUUAAAAUGUACAAAUAAAAAUUUUAGUAAUUUUUGUUGGAAAAUUAUAAGACUAUAGGCCUGUGCUUCUCAAACUUCGUGUUCAUGGAUCAGUUUUUCAUUCCAAUCUCUCUCCGCCACUAUUUUUAUGAAAUUAAAUUAAAAUAAUUAUAAAAUGAAAAGAACAAAGUUCAAGUGCAUAUUUUUAUUUUAGUUUUCAGACUAAAUUAGUAAAAAACCAUACUAUAAUAAAAUUUGGUUCUAGUCAUUUUGAAAGAAUGGAUUUAUAUACCAUUUUUAUAUAAUUUCUCAAGCCGGUGUUGAUCUCUGGUCCAUCCUGGCAUUCACUUAGUGGUUAAAUUAUAAAGAUAAAUGAAAGUUAUUAAAUUAGAAGGCUUUUUAAAAUAGUCUUAUAAAUGUAAUAUAUAAAAUUAUGAAGUUUUAAGUGAAAUCUUUCAUGCCCAGUAGUAAGCUUUUCAAGGAUCAGACCACAGUUCGAAUAGCACUGGUCUAGACAAUUUGUUUUAUAGUAAUGGGUAAUCAUGAAUUCAAUUUUAAUGGUUGUUUUUUAUAUUUUGUAUUGGUAAUAUAAUUCAAUUAUAUGGAAUUGUAUAAAAUUUUGAAAUUUCAAUUU